AUGAAUACCACAACAAAUGAAACUUUAGGUAUAGAGCUGGAGGAACCUCGAGAGAAAUCUGAGAAUGAAAUGAUGUUUGUUUUUCUUGGGGUCGUAACGACAACCACAGUGCUCCUUAUUCUAGGAACACUCUAUGCCCGAAAAAAAGACCACAAGGAGGAGAAAAUGGUAAGAAUUGUAAAAAAAGAGCGAUCAUUGUCUUUAAUCAUCUGCCGCAUUCAAAACCAAAAAGACAGUUUAAACCAAUCCUCUCCAUGCUCUCUGUUAAACCCAACUUAUUCCCAAACUCGCUGGCGUUUCUCCAUAUUUCAGUAUCAGCAUUCGACUAUGAAAAGAAAAGUCUAAAUUUUGGAAAAAUCUCUUUCUUACAUUAAAUGAAGCGGAUGAAUGUUAAAGCAAAAGUUUCUAACAAAGUUUCCCUUCAACUUUUGUCAUAAUUUGUUUUUCUCUUCAAGUCAUGACAAAAAAAAAAGACGGUAUGAAAUAAAAAAGACGGCGCGAGUUUGAAAAUGUGGUCUUAGUUAAAUACGUAAAAUGCCUGUCUUGUUUUACAGUGUGGUGUCACAGUCAUCCCACAGAGAUCAAUUCACCGCUCUCCACAGUAUUACCUGCUUAUGUUUUACACAGGAGCUGGUCGGCACAGUUCCACUACUGCAAAUGUGUUCUGCCGAAUUUACGGUAACCGCCGUAAGACAAAACCUAUCAUUUUACGGGAUCCGGACCGCCCAAUGUUUCAACCUUCAUCUACAAGUUCUUUCCUAGUGACACUAAACUGCUCUUUAGACCAAAUACGAGAAAUUCAUAUAUGGCAUGAUAUUUCGGGCCCCCGUCCCUCGUGGUUCUUAGAGGAUGUCAUAGUUUGUCAUUUGAACACAAAUGUCACAUGGUACUUUGCGGCAAACCGCUGGCUAGACGUAAGCACGGGCUCGAAGGAAGUUGAAUGCAAGUUAAAACCCAUACCUAGAAAGAUUCUUCUUAAAUUUUUAACCAUGUUUGAAGGUAAAAUGGACUACAGUUUAAAGAAAAAGCAUCUUUGGCUCUCUCUACUUUACAAAAGCAAUAGCAAAACGUUUGGUCAAUUUCAGAAAAUGUCGUGCUGCCUAGCAGUGACUGGAGUGAUGAAACUCGUUUCAAUAGCAAUGGUUCUUACAACACAGAAAUCAUUUAGUGAUUCACAAAUCAGUCUAGGGCCAUGGAAAGUGAACCUAGGCGAUGUUUACAGAGCUCUCGUCUGUUGUGGAAUUGCUUUUAUUUAUCGUCUGUUGAUACAGAGUCUGUUCUUAUGUUCACAUCAAAACGCUACAAUAGGAGUUGGAGAGAAGAAUGUGCAAGGAUAUAUUCGAGAUAGAUUACAAGAGAUAAACUCGACCAUAUUUUCAGAUGAGAUUAUGAAAGCUGACGAAGGUAAAUGCCCUGAUUCUUAUACUGAUACGGAUAAUGAAAACACAUCCAGUUCAGAUAACAGUACAAGUGGAAUCCACCUGGAAUUUAGUAACUAUCAAGAACUGCAGAGCGAGACUAAAGACGAAGAAAAUCUUCAAUUCAAUAACGAAAACUGCCAUUUAGCGUUGGAUGUCUAUGAAAAUCAAUCAAUAGAAGGAUCCCAUGAAAAUGCAUCUUCGAACAAAGCCCAUGAUCUCGAGGAUUUGGUUGAUAUUCUUGGGCAUUUAUCAGCUGAAGAAGAGCUAUUUAAGGUCUUGGAUGAAAACUCGCAUGUUUUUCAAGGUAGAUUAAAGGACAGGUUUUUAAAAGAGCAUUGUGGCUCGGAACGUUUAGAGGAGAGUCGUUGGAACUCAGAAAUAGAAGAAAUUAAGACAUCUGAUAAACUCGCUGAAGAAGAAAAGGAAGAGAGUAGGCCGGAGUCAGUCGCCUGGACUGCAUGUUUAACAAAUCCCGAUCAAAUUCCAAACAUAUGGAUAAGCCUUCCAUUUCCAAAACAUCUCGUCGAUGGCGAAAGCAUUAAGAAACCAAACGUGAGGGCUUCGCCCAGAUUGAACGAGAUUUUCAGUAGGGCCAAUCAAGUUCACUGCUUUGUUGUUCCAUUCAUAUCAUUCGUCGUUGCUAUAGCAAUUGGAAUUAAAUGGUCAGCCCCACUAACAAGGUCGUGGCUUGUGACGUUUGGAAUUGCGAUCGUUGGCCAAAUUUUUGUCCUGGAGUCAUUUUAUGUCGUCGUGCAAGCUAUCUUUUUUUCAGUUUGGUAUAAACGGCCAGUAAAAGAAGAGGAUUUGAUAAAUGAACUUGAAAAUAAAGUCUGGGUUAAUGAGGAACAGGAGACAACGUAUUAUGCUGAUGAAGUCGAUGAGGAUGAGAAUGAACCAGUUCCCAUGCCCCCAACUCAAGAAGAGAUACAAAAAGCGCAGGAGGAGGCUGGGAAGGACAGGGAAUUGGAAGACGUGCUAAAGAUGCUUUGUUUUAACGUUUUGUUUAUAGGGCUGUUAAUUUUUAUUUCCCUUGGAAACAGGGAUUCUUCUUCCUAUCCUAUAAGAGCUGGCCUGGAGCACUCCCUCAACAUCUCCAACAGCUUCACACGUGGGGUAAUUAUGUUUUCAACAUGAAAUUUAAUUUGAUUAAUAUAAUUUAGCUGAGGGUCCAUUCGUUACUUUUCCUCGGGAUCGAAGGAUUUUUUUGCGGGGGAAGGAGGGAUCAUAUGUUUUCAGGGGCAAUGGAGGGGGAACAAGUUAUCGCUAACAGAACAUAACUCAGGGUGAUUAUAGAAAAUUGACCGCAAAUUAACAGCCAAUCAGGGAGCAUCACAAGAAGAGUCUCACGAGAGGAUUAGGCAAAUUUUAUCAGGAACCAAUUAAAACCCCCCUACCCCCAUCCCCCCAUUUUUUUGUGGGGGAAGGGGAAUCACAUGUUUUGGGGGGUAGAGGAGGGAGAACAAGUUAUCGCCAACAGAACAUAACUCGGGGAGAUUAUAGAAAAUUGACCGCAAAUUAACAGCCAAUCAGGGAGCAUCACAAGAAGAGUCUUAUGAGAGGAUUAGGAAGAUUUCAUCAAGAACCAAUUAAAACCUCCCGACCCCAUCCCUGACGUUUUGAGCGUCAGCCCUUCGCAAUCCCGCUGACGAAGGGCUAACGCCCAGAACGUCAGCUUUGAAACUAUUUACAGUGGUCAAUUUACGUUAUCAACUCAGUUGAUAAUACUAAAUUACCCUGUCUAACUCCCACUGAGUUAUUCGAGCUAAGAGAGCGAUCAUUAGAAUCCCCAAAGAUCACUCUCAUUCUACAAUUUUCGUCUCCUUCUUUCCUCAGUCACGCCGGCCAUGUAAGCUACAUCUAAGUUCUUGCUCAGCUGGUUACAGCUGAGUUAUCUUUAAGAUUAUUGUAAGAAACUUGUCUGUCGUCCUUUUCAUCAAUAUUUAAUGCCCCUGAUUUCAACCUGUGUUGUCAGGUAAACAACGGUAAAAGAUUUUGGAAAUGGCUUGCAAAUGAUACAAUUCCCGUGCUGCUUCAUGAGCCUCUUGAGGGAACGCUUAGGAAAGGCAGAAGACAUUUCCUUGCCGAUGGGUACAGCUUCCUGCUGGGGAGAGCAAUUCUUCGACAACAAAGAAUUAAACCAGGAGGUGAGUAACUUUCUUUUGAAGUAUCUCAAUGAUCAUGAUUUAAAUCGAGCUGCAUUCUUAUAACUUUUGAUCCAAAAUUGAAAACAUAGAAAUGACAAUCAUAGAUCCUUGAUCUCCGCGGUUUUACUCAGAUCAAGGGUGUAUAUCAGAGCUAUCUGAAAGAGCAGCGAGUAGGCAUGCUUCCCAGAUCUUUCCACAAAUAAAAUGCUGCUAUUUCUAUUUCAUCAAUUUUGAAUAAAUUGUCAACAGUUUUGGAAGUUGGCCUGUCUCCGCCCCCUCCUUUUCUCACUGUGUCUUCAAUUUGAUUCCCAGAUCUGGCGUUCGCUUUCAUUUUUGCACUCGGCUUUCGUCCUGGGUCCUACCUCUUUUCUUUGACGUAGGUCUGUCUGGUUCUCAUUACUAAGCCGUCUCUCAUUAUUUCAGCAAGUUGUCACCUGGCGGGCUUUAUUGAAAAUUAUUUUUCCAAGUGUACUCCAGUUUCCUUGACUGAACAUAAUGAAGACACUGAUGACUAUAGCCAAGAGUGGAAAAAAAGAGCAAUGUCUCUACCAAACCAAACUUUUACUUCUCCAUGGAAAUACCUUAGCGGGAGAGAAUCUGAGACAUCAUACACAACGUGGGGACGCAGUGGACGUGCGUUCGGUGGUGGUGGGUAUAUCGCUUACCUGGGGACGGAUAUAAAAAUGGCAAUCGAUCUUCUUAACUCUCUAGAGGCAAAUCAGUGGGUGGAUGACCUAACAAGGGUGGUUUUCUUAGAGUUUUCAGUCUACAACGCAAACGUUAACAUAUUAUCAGCGGUGAUAUUUUCAAUAGAAUUUUCCUCGUUCGGUGGAACGUUUCCACGUUUUGAUAUGUAUUCAUUUCGCUUGUACCGCUACUUUACGCCGCUCCAGUUCAUUUAUCUUGUCAGUGAGAUAAUAUUUGUUGUCUUCGUGGUACAGCUUAUUUACCGAGUGGGGAGUCUUAUUUACCGAGAUCGCUGGAGUUAUUUCAGAUCCGUGUGGAACCUUACUGAUAUUUUCCUUAUCCUAUUCUCGCUGGUGACUAUCGCUUUAUACGCAUGCCGCGCAAGCCACCUAAACCACGCUAUUGAAGCGCUACGCGAAAAUCCUGGCACGUUUUACGGCUUUCUGACGGUGGCUUUUUAUGACGAUUACAUUGCGUACUUCUCGUGUUUGAUUGUCCUUAUUCCUACGAUACAGUUCUUAAAGUUUCUCAAGUUUAACAAGAACUUCAUGAUAUUUUAUAAUACGCUGUCUAGGAUUCGAGGAGAUAUUUCCGGCUUCGCCUUUGUUUUCUUCGUAAGCAUUAUGUGCUUCACAUACUGGGCGUACAGCAUGCUCAAGACUGUUGAUGAGAUUUUCAGUACCUUUAUUGCAACAUUUCACAGUGUGAUCGCCAUGUUGUUAGGGAAGUUUAGCUUCCGGUUAUUAUCACCUGGUCAGGCUGUUACCAGUAAGGUGGGACCAAUAUUCACCUACACGUUCACAUGUGCAAAUGUUUUUUUAAUCCUAAAUAUUAUCCUAACAAUAAUCACAAUCGGAUUCAAGGAGGCUCGAGAAGAUGAACGCUUUCAACAAAGUGAAUAUGAAAUAAUAAACUUCAUCACUAACUACUUGAAAGGUAUUCUAGGGCUUCUUCCACCUUACAUACCUCCGCCGCCGCAGAUUGAACCCACGCCCAGUGAGAAACAUUUUACUUAUUUUCAGUGGAAAUUAUGCACAAGUUACUUUAUCCGAAGUCAAUUUCCACGUUUGCUGAAAUUUGCUAACAAAACUUAUUCCGAAGAUUUUGUGGACGAAUUGGAGCUGUUGGCGAAUCUAAUGAGCAUGCCGCAGUCAAGAGAACUUCUUUAUGAAAUAGCUUACAGGCUGCAAGAUUCCGACCUAGAUUAA